AUGCAUCCUUCUGGGGUGAUGGGGAUGGGAAUGGGUGGGGGUGCUUUGAGCGCUGUCGUCAUCACCACCAGGCGGUGGGUCUCAGUCCGUACGGCGAACAUUUUCAGCCAGGUGGGUAUCAAUCACGCCCGCCGCGUGUCUUGGGCACCGCACACCACGGACAAGAAGCAGGGGGCCUUCGCCAAGCUUGCGAGGUCGAACUUCAACGACCCCACCCCACAGAAUUUUUCACCGGAACCUUACUUCGAACAGGAGAUGGAAGCCUAUCGCGCACAUCAUCGCCCAGACAUUCCUAUUUACAAGUUUAGCGUAUCGGCAACACCCAUGUCCCUUCGGGAGUAG